AUGGACAGCCUGCAGGCGCCUCUCAUCUCCAACCGCGACCCGGACGACCGCGACGACAACCUCGACGAUGUUCUCGACUCGGGCAUAUCGGCGGCUGAUGGCUCCAGCCAAGCUGAAAAGUCCUCACCAAGUCUCUUCGUAUGGCUUUUGACGUUCUCUGCCGGGAUCAGCGGCCUCUUGUUUGGAUAUGAUACUGGCGUCAUAUCAGCAACUCUCGUCUCCCUCGACAGGUCCCUGUCCAACCGCGUCCUCACUUCGUUCGACAAGACCAUCAUCACAGCCGCCACCGCCCUCUUCGCACUGCUCAUCACGCCCUUCUCCUCCCACCUUGCUGACCGUCUCGGCCGGAAACGCGUCAUCCUCUUUGCCGACCUGCUGUUUAUUGUGGGGGCGCUUCUACAGGCUGUUAGCUCCAGCAUCUUCGUGAUGACCCUCGGUAGAUCCAUAGUCGGCGCGGCCGUGGGAGCAGCCAGUUUCGUGACACCCUUGUACAUCGCCGAGCUGGCGCCAGCGGCCCACAGAGGCCGCCUGGUCACCAUGAAUAACCUAUUCGUCACCCUAGGACAGGUCAUCGCAUACGUUGUGGGGUGGGCUUUUGCGGAGCACGGCAGCAGGGCAACGGGGUGGCGGUGGAUGGUCGGCCUGGGCGCCCUCCCGGCAAUUCUACAGAACAUUCUGGUGCUGUUCAUGCCCGAGUCACCGAGAUGGCUGGUCAGGGCGGGACGGGUCGACGAGGCGCGGCAGGUUAUCAAGCGAGUGGCUGGUGGCAAUACGCAAGGCGCGUCUGCCGCUGCCGAUGUAGUGCUGAAGGACAUCAAGGCCGAGAUUCUAGAGGAGGAGCAAGCUCAGAAGGCCCGCAGGGUGUCACCACAGACGAGGAAUGCCUGGUUGGACGGGUGGGAUGAGGUCUUUGCCGUGCAGAGAAAUCGUCGGGCGCUGGCGAUUGCUUGCCUCCUCCAGGGACUGCAGCAGCUGUGCGGAUUUAACUCGCUGAUGUACUUCUCCGCGACCAUCUUCUUGAUGCUGGGCUUUACAAGCCCAACACUAACGUCCAUGACCGUUGCCCUCACCAAUUUCUUGUUUACUGUUGCUGCCGUCGUCAUGAUCGACAGGGUUGGUCGGAGACGUAUUCUCCUCUACUCGGUACCUUUUAUGGUCGUAGGUCUGCUCCUGUCAGCGUACGGCUUUUCGCUCAUGAAGCUGUCCACUUCGACUUCGGACGUUGGCUCGGCUCCUCCUCCUCCUCCUCCACCAGGCCGAGGCGCUGCGGUCGUCGUGCUAUUCUCCAUCAUGCUAUACGUCGCGGCGUACGCGAUCGGACUGGGCAGCGUGCCCUGGAUGCAGAGUGAACUCUUCUCCCUAAGUGCUCGAUCGAUAGGCAGCGGCGCAGCCACGGGGACUAAUUGGGCGUCCAAUUUUGUGGUCGGUCUGACGUUCCUGCCGCUGAUGGACGCGCUGUCACCAUCAUGGACAUUUGUGCUCUAUGCCGUUGUGUGCGUGAUCGGUCUCUGGCUUGUGUAUCUUAUCUAUCCUGAGACGAGCGGUCUGACACUGGAAGAGGCUGCUAGUCUUCUGGAGAGGGAUGACUGGGGGGUCGGAAGCCAUUGA